UGGAGAAAUGGAACGUGAUUGCUUAAUUGCGUAUGGUGCGAGUAUGUUGAUUUUUGAGCGACUCAUGUUAUCUAGUGAUCCUUUUGAAGUUCAGGUCUGUAGAUCGUGUGGGUUGUUAGGAUAUUACAACUAUAAGUUGAAAAUUGGUGUUUGUCCAUCAUGUAAGAAUGGAGACCAGAUUUCUAACAUGAAGCUACCAUAUGCAUGCAAACUCUUGAUUCAGGAACUCCAAUCAAUGAAUAUUGUUCCCCGCUUAAAACUGGAAGAACCCUGAGAUUAAGAAACGAAUUAAACUUAGUUAUUCAUGUUCUUAUGGAGUGAAUA